UUUAAAUCGCACUAAGUGCCGGACUAUAUAAGCAGCGUGAGAGCCGAGAGUCGGUCAUCUAUCUAUCGGCUUUAAUAUGAAGUACCUGACGUGUGUGCUGCUCCCGUUGGUGUUAAUUUCGGCUCUGGUUGGCGCUCAUCCCGGCACAGUGGUGGUCAACGGCGUUUGUCUGACUUGCCCCAAUCCGAAUGGGGAACCCGUCUACUUGGAUGGCCAGGAGUACCGCAGCUUCUCCUCGCCGAAUAGCAAUGACAAUGUGGUUAUUUCCAGGGGAAACGAUGGCCGAGGAGGCGGAGGUACCACAAUAUACAGGCGUGGCGGAAACACCAUCGUCAAUGGGCGCUGCCAGCAUUGCAACGUGGAUUUCACUAAAAAGUAACAAAUUAAAGUCUGAACAUUGAAUUAUAAA